AUGGUCGGGGAGGUCGAAAGGUACGGGGUAGAAGUUGUCGCGUUGCAAGAAACAAGAUGGGCCGGGGAGGGUUCGCUUAAUGCGGGUUCGUACACGCUUCACUAUGGAGGGUCGGAGAUCCAUAGUCUUGGCAUCGGUUUUAUGAUUAAUAGGAAAAUCUUAUCCGCGGUAAAAGACAUUAAAUUUAUAAACGAAAGAUUAGGAUUGCUCGUUGUGCAGGGCCGAUGGUACAAGAUCGCGAUAAUCAACGUACACGCGCCGACGGAAGAUAAAGAUGGCGAAAUUAAAGACGGGUUCUACGAAGAACUCGAACACCUCGUGGAUCAAUUACCGAACGAUUACAUGAAAAUAGUCGUGGGAGAUUUUAACGCGAAAAUCGGUAAAGAGGACAUUUUUAGACCAACGAUCGGGCUCGAAAGUUUGCACGAGGAAAGUAACGAUAACGGAGUGAGGAGGCACGCGUAA